GAGGGGACAUGACGGUGUGACCGGCGGAGUAACGCAUGCAUGCAAGAGGACUUUUUGGUCCGGGGCCAAACGUGAAAGGUACGGGAGUGUCCGUCUGAUGGUGCGCGUCUCUCCAAGGUGGAUCCGGUUUCCAGUCCGGUAACACAAACUGACUUCGUUUCGCGAGAAACCGACCCGAACGGAAAGGACAGCUGACACAUCUCCUCAUUACUGGAUCCCAGUAUGAUCCGAGCAGCUCGUUUGGACACCUGAUUGUGUCCACGCGUCUCUCUCUGUGGACACAAGUCACAUUCCCAACAACAACAUUUAUUUUCCGACAAAUUGUGCGACUUUUCUCUGCACAUUUAAAGUCAGAGGAGACUCCGGGAGGAUACAACACUGUCACCGAGUCACAAGAAGACAUUUACCGUCACACCUGGACACUAUGUGAAAAAUAAAAGGUGUGGAAAUGCGUCGCAAAUGCUUCUGUCUGCUUGAGGUGUGUGCCAUCAUCAGCCUCCUGCCUUCUGGCUGUUUAUCAGAUCUGACAUGUGAAGCUCUGCUCAUGCUGUCAGGAAAUGUUUCAUUACAGUCGCUGGCCUCCACCUGGAACCAGACCCUGAGCAACGCCACAGGUCAGUGGAGCGGCUCGGGACUCUCCUGUGACACUUCCAUCGAUGGCAUCGGCACCUGCUGGCCCAGGAGCAGCGCCGGCCAGAUGGUGGCACGACCCUGUCCUGAGAUGUUCUAUGGCGUCAGAUACAACACCACCAAUAAUGUUUAUAGGAAAUGUCUUGCAAAUGGGACGUGGGCGCUGAAGGGGAACUACUCCAUGUGUAAGGCCAUACUUCACGAGGAGAAAAAAGGCAAGAUGCACUACCAAAUAGCUGUGAUCAUAAACUUCCUGGGUCACUGCAUCUCCAUGGUGGCUCUGCUCGUAGCCUUCUUCCUCUUCUUGUGUUUGAGGAGCAUCCGCUGCCUGAGAAACAUCAUCCACUGGAACCUCAUCACCGCCUUCAUCCUGAGGAACGCCACCUGGUUUAUCGUCCAAAUGACCAUGAGUCCAGAGGUCCACGAAAGUAACGUGAUUUGGUGCCGUCUGGUCACCGCCUCCUUCAACUAUUUCCACUCCACCAACUUCUUCUGGAUGUUUGGCGAGGGCUGCUACCUCCACACCGCCAUCGUCCUCACCUACUCCACCGACAAGCUGCGCAAGUGGAUGUUCAUCUGCAUUGGCUGGUGUAUACCGUUCCCUAUCAUUGUGGCAUGGGCGAUCGGGAAGCUGUACUACGACAAUGAGAAGUGCUGGUUUGGGAAGCGAGCCGGCGUCUACACAGACUAUAUCUACCAAGGUCCCAUGAUUCUUGUCUUAGUGAUCAAUUUCAUCUUCCUCUUCAACAUCGUGAGGAUCCUGAUGACCAAACUGCGAGCCUCCACCACGUCAGAGACGAUCCAGUACAGGAAAGCUGUGAAGGCUACGCUGGUUCUCCUUCCUCUCCUGGGAAUCACCUACAUGCUGUUCUUCGUGAACCCCGGCGAAGACGAGAUCUCUCAAAUCGUCUUCAUAUAUUUCAACUCGUUUUUGGAGUCCUUCCAGGGCUUCUUUGUGUCAGUGUUUUACUGCUUCCUGAACAGCGAGGUGCGCUCAGCUGUGAGGAAACGGUUCCACCGCUGGCAGGAGCAGCACUCGAUCCGAGCCCGGAUGACCCAGGCCAUGUCCAUCCCCACCUCACCUUCACGGGUCAGCUUCCACAGCAUCAAGCAGUCCACGUCACUAUGAGAGAGGAGGCCGGCGUCGUCUUGGAUACGAGCUUUAGGAUGAAACCCCCCGCCGACUGUCGUCAUCAUUUUCUGCCACAUCACUGGAGAACACUUUGCGAGCCGGGCUGCGGAGAGAGGCUGCAUCAGUCUCCGAAACCUCAGGAGGGACAUUAUACAGAGCUGAGAAUGGAUGAACACGGAGAUAAAGGACACUGCAGACAUUUGGAGACGAGAGGUUAGUGGAUCAAAAGAUGCACGUGACCAAGUUUGACUUUGAAUCUGGGUGUGAAUGUACAGCACUCCAUAUUCUCUAACGUUUGCCUGCCAUAGAGGUCUCUAUUGUUCCUGCCUGCACACUUUGUUUUUGUUUUUUUGCUAUCUUACGUCAGUGAGAACUCUGAGCUAGUGUCGCUGGACUGCACUGAACUGGAUUCCAUCCCAGCGGACACUGGACUCAAACCCAGCGACUAAAUUAUUUAACAGAUUUUAUUUUCAUCUUUGUUUUCGAUCAUCUGGUCGUUGUGUUCGUUCAUUUGCUGUUGUGCUAUCUUCCUUUCUGUUCUCAGCCAGCUUGGUGCAGUCGUGCUACGUUCAUCUACUCUAAACACAUUCCAUACAUUUCUACCUGAAGAGUUUUGUUCCAAAAUGAAACCACGAGAAAAUGUUAAGCCCAUGAGUGGGUUAGCAGUGAAGUUUGAAGAAUCGAGCCAAAGUCAGAAGGCAGUUAGCUCGAGCUGCGUUCACAUGCAGUCAGGCAGAAGGCACGGGAAAAACAAACAGUUGGACAGACGGGUUUAUGUUGCUAUGGUAUUGUUUACAAAAAUGGAAUAAAACACAUUAAAUCUCAUUAUUUAAUGUUUAUCAUUUUAUAUAAUUAUUCUAGGAAUGUCCGGUGCAAGAUGGCCUGUGGUUUCUCUUUGUGUGAAGAAGCUACGUAACAUCUGGUUGUAAAUUCCGUCGCGGAAGACGACAAAAAUUUAAACAUUUUGACUUUCAGCUGCAGUGUCAUCUACUGUUGCCGGUAUCCUCUGCUGACCUCACCUGAUUUUACCCUCCUGCUCUAUUCGGUUUGCCGUCCACCGUCUCCCUGAUUUCAUAUAAACACAGCUUAGCAUUAGCUUAGCUUUAGCUUAUUAGCUUAGCAUAUAGCCCGUCCUCUGUGUCCAAAAAUCAGUGUUGGAAUGUAACACAAGUGCUGAACUUAAGUACUAGUCUGAGGUGCUUUCAUGCCACUUUAUAUUUCUAUGCCAUCAUAUCUCAGAGGGAAAUAUUAUAGUUUUCACUGCACUACAUUUACAUUAUGUGUUAGCUUUAAAGGGUUGCAACAGUAUGAGAUUUUCACGGUACGAAAGCCGUCUCAGAAAAUAUUGUGAUUUCACAGUAUCGCGUUA